AUGCCUUCAGUCGACGUGCAACAAGAUAAUACAGCUUUAUUGUUAUCCCGUAAAUUUGAAAGUUUAACUGAUAUUGACGAGAUCAGAGAGUGUCUUCGUCUGAUAGAUGAGGAAGAAACCCAAACUGACGCUAGCCUCGAUACGAUAUUAGCACAAGAAUACCAACUCGACGCGUCUCUCGAGAAAUUCGCUGUGCUCAGGGAACAACUGGGUCAGUUAAAGACCAAUGCAUCUCAUGUUGUUGAUACAGUCAAUAAAACUUCUCGACUUGCAGAAGUCAUUAGCGAUAAAGUACGCCAACUAGACCAAGAACAAUCAAGAGCAAGACAAGCGAUUCAAUACGUGGAAGACGUUCAGGAACUCAAGUAUUGUGUAGCCAAUUUACAACAAGCUAUCCAAAAAAGAGAAUAUGAUGAAGCAGCUCGCUUGUUACAAAAGGCACAUCAAAUUGAUCCUGCUAUUCUAAAUGGGUCACUAGCAGAAUUCACAGUGCCUACAUCAGAACAUCCAGAUCAUCCAGCAAAGACAUUAGCAGAUGCAAAGGCCAAUUUGUUUGAUAUUUUCUCAACUCGUUUUGAUGAUGCUGUAGUACAAAGGAAUCAAGCAGAUAUCACUCGUUAUUUCAAACUAUUCCCCUUGAUUGAUUGCCAGACAGAAGGGCUGGAUAAAUACUCGAGAUUUGUAUGUAAUAUUAUCAAGGCAAGAUGUGCAGAGGAACUCAAGAGUGGCAUAAUUUCUGCACCCACUUAUUUUGCUGAUGCAUUGACUCGGUUGUUUGAGAAUAUCGCAGUGAUUAUUGAUCAACAUCAACCAUUAGUUGAACUACAUUAUGGUAAAGGUAAAAUGCUUCGAGUCAUUCAACGUCUUCAAGAAGAAAAUGAUACACAAAGUGUAGCAAUCAUUGAUCGAUUUCUUAAGGCUCGUAGAAUAGAAUCCAAGCUUGUUGAAAUCCAAUGUCUCUUAAUUGCCAUGAUGCGCACCACAGCGUCAAACCAACCCUCUUCUCAACUUGAUACAGAAAGUACCAAUCCUCUAAUUGAACCUCGACAAUUAGAUGCAAACCUAUACGAACUAAGUUUGUUGUGUCAAAGAAGUGUCUUGUUUAACAACUUCAUGAAUCAACGUGCAAGUGAAGAAAUGGAUGUGUUGGAAUCAGAUGAAAAUGAAAAAGAAGUGAUUAUGCAAGGCAAAGAUCAUCGUUUUUAUGGCGACAAUGGACUUUUGUUAUCUUCUGGACUUACAAAGCGUGUACGCGAAUUGAUGAAUUCGUACCUAGUGAUUGAUGAAUACCUUUUAAAGAAGAGUGUUGAUAAGGCGAUGAAAUUAGAUGAAUAUGAUGCUUCUGCUUCACACACAUCCACUUGCGUAGACGAUGUGUUCUUUAUUCUCAAGACAGUCGUGAAGCGAGCUAUAUCCACCUAUGAGCCAGAAGUAGUAGCAUCAACUGCAAGAACAGUAGUUAAAAUACUAGAGAUGAGCUAUUUGAAGCCAUUUCAACAAAAGAUGUCAACUGUAUUUACGUCAUAUGAUGCUACAGGAAGAAAUGCAGAGAAAGCCAUUGAGAUGGCCAAAGUGAAUUACAUGGUCGUUCUUAAUAACUUGGAUGUCAGUGCAGAUUAUACCCAUCGCUUAGCUAAAGAAGUAGAACCAGACAUUCAGAAUGGAAUAUGGUUAGAUGAAGAAAAGGAUAUACAGAAAGCAUUGGCUUAUAUCAAAGACUUUGAAGGAUUUGCUGACAAAUUCAGUCAAUUGUUGCAGAAUGGUAUUGGGCAAUUGAUCACUCAAAUAUUGAAGCCUCGUAUUCGUCCCUUGUUUCAAGAAUCCUAUCGAGAAGUGAAAUAUGUACUCGAAGAAGAAGAAUACAACGAAGCAGAUAUUGAAGAGCAAUUUUUGAAGCGAUUUCGCCGAGGGUUUGAAAGCCUAGUAUCCAUCUAUCGACGCACAUUGACAGAACAUAAUUUCAAUACCCUCAUGGGACUUUUGGUUGAUGCUAUCACAGCACAAUGGGAAAGAAUCGUCUUUCAAACACGCUUUAAUCAAUAUGGUGCACUUCGCUUUGAUAAAGAUCUUAGAUCAGUUAUUCUAUACUUAUCCACACUCACAGAAUGGCUUUCUCGAGAUCGGUUUACACGCUUAAAUCAAAUGUCAACUUUGUUAAAUUUUGAAGAGCCUUCUGAAAUUUAUGAUUAUUGGGGAAGUAAAUCAGGCCCAGUGAGUUGGCGUUUGACAGUGACAGAAGUGAAGAAAAUUUUGGCUUUACGAUUAGAUUUUGACCCAGACGAAGUAGCCAACCUGCUGCCUAAAAACAAUAAUUAA